AUGAACAGCAGAAGCGCCACAGCGAAUAAGUUUGCAGGGAGCCCCAACUCUUUUGAAAAUAGCGACAGUAAAGAAAAUCAUCUGAAGGAAGUGGUGACUCCAUUAGGGGAUGUUUACAUACUGAAUGAAAAAACCAAUGAGAAAUUUAUUAAGGGUACCCAGAGGAGUGACGGCACGUUUAGAAAAACCAUCCGUGUAAGGACGGACUACAUGCCACAGGAGGAAAACUGCGUAUAUCAAGUGAAGGGGAAAAUACUAGAGCAGCAGAACCAGAGCAGGAUUGCGAACUACAGCACGAAGACCUAUGCAAGCGAGAAUCCCGUCGACAACAGUGCUGCAAGCGCAAGAAAGGUGAUCACAAAUAGCGCCCUGAAAAUUUUGGCGAAUAAAAGCACAGAAAGAAAAGUGCCCGGAUGGAACCCCAUUAAUGAACAUGAAAAUGAAAACGCAGAGAAUUUAAAAAAGAAGAAAAAGAAGAAAAAAAAAAAGAAGACAGAUGGUGAAAAAAUCGAGAGUUAA